AUGAUGCGUCAGGCAAGCAGUCCGCACGUUAUUCAGGUCCGAGGGGUCUUUAAAGGAUUACCCCCCAACUCAAGGUCAACUCAGCUGGGUCUGGUGAUGGAGUACAUGGAGAGAGGAUCCCUGGCCUCCCUGCAGGGAAGUUUAGGCGGCACUCUUCCCUGGCAACUGGUCUUCAGACUGGCUCAUCAAAUCGCUCUGGGUAUAAACUUCCUGCACAGCCUGACCCCCCCCUUGCUGCACCUGGACCUGAAGCCCAGCAACGUGCUGCUGGACUGCGCUCUCAACGCCAAGCUCACAGACUUUGGCCUCGCCCGGGAUCAAAAAACCACGAGGGUUUCCAAGAAGUCCAGUGUGGAGGAAGGCGGGACGACCAGCUACAUGCCGCCGGAGGCCUUUGACUUAUCAUACAGCCCGACCAAAGCCUCUGAUAUUUACAGGUACGGGAGCCAAUCAAACUCCUUG